GCGCCUUUUUGAAGGUGUAAUCAAUGAGAUGCCGCUUGCACAUCUAGGUCAACCAUUUCUUAAGGCAAGCGAUGUAACUAAUGAGUUAAAGUGCAUAUCUAUAGACGACGCACCAGAUGAUGGUUGUCAAAAGGUCGAUGUUGCUGAGGUUGAAGUGAAUAUUGAGAACUUAGCACAUAAAACAGAAAAGGUCGAUCCUUCAUGUUUCGAUUUGCUUUAUGUUAUCGGUCAAGGAUCUUUCGGAAAGGUAUUUCUAGUCAGGAAAAAUAAUGGAAAUGAUAAAGGAACUCUGUACGCAAUGAAAGUUUUGAAAAAGGCUGUUUUGAAAGUUCGUGAUAGACUGAGAACAAAGCUUGAAAGAGAUAUUUUAACUAGAAUUAAGCAUCCGUAUAUAGUUGAUUUGCAUUACGCUUUCCAAACCGAGGGAAAGGUUUAUCUCAUUCUGGAGUUUCUUAGGGGAGGGGAUCUUUUCUCCCGUUUGUCCAAAGAGUAUAUGUUUACAGAAGAAGAUGUAAAAUUCUAUUUGGCUGAAAUCGCAUUGGCUCUUAGCUAUUUGCACAGCCACGGAAUAGUCUAUAGAGACUUGAAACCUGAAAAUGUUUUGCUGAACGAAGAUGGUCAUGUACGUCUAACUGAUUUCGGCCUAUCAAAAGAGUCGGUUUUUGAAUCAUCUGGUGAUCGAACAUAUUCAUUUUGUGGAACAGUGGAAUAUAUGGCUCCAGAAGUUGUAAGUAGACAUGGACAUGGGACAGCUGCUGACUGGUGGAGUUUCGGGGUACUUAUGUAUGAAUUACUUACCGGUAUUCUGCCUUUCCAUAGUGAGAAUAGAAAAGAUACAAUGCAGAUGAUUUUAAAAGCAAAAUUAUCAAUGCCACAAUUUCUUAGUCCGUCAGCUCAAAGUUUAUUACGCGCUCUUUUCAAGAGGACUCCAUCAAAUCGGUUAGGAUAUGGACCAGAUGGAUUUGAACAGUUAAAAAAUCAUGAAUUUUUCAGUACAAUCAAUUGGGAUGAUUUAUUGAAUGGUCGUAUUCAACCGCCAUUUAAACCUCCUUGUUCAUCAAUUAAUGAUAUUUUAAAUUUCGAUCCAGAAUAUACAUCACGUACACCACAUGACUCACCAUGUCCACCAGCCAGUGCAUCGGCGCAUAUGUUGUUUCGUGAAUUCAGUUAUGUAGCGCCUGGAUUUUUCUCAGAUCAGCAUCAUCAUCAUCAGAACAAUACAAACACAAAUAAUUGCACUAAUCAUGGUAACCCUGAUAAAGAUGUAUUGAAUAGAACAAGCACUACUUGUUUGAGUUCACAGAAAGAGAAAUUCAAUUAUAAUUCUAGACACGAUGAUGAUCGUGCAAAUCCCGCAUACCUUCCAGAAGAUCUUCCUCCUUUAACUCCUACAGUGGCAAAGCGUCUUCUUCGGUUAACUGGUUUGCCAGGAGUAAAAUAUAAACCGUUCUUAGUCGAUUAUAUCUUAUUAGAAGAAAUCGGUAAAGGCUCCUUUUCAGUUGUACAUAAAUGCUGUCAUAGAAAUACAAAUGCCAUAUACUGUGUAAAGAUCAUUGACAAAUCAAAACGGGACGCUCGAGAAGAAGUUGAAAUAUUGCUUAGACACCAUAAUCAUCCAAAUAUUGUUUCUGUCGCAGAUGUUUAUGAAAAUGAACAUCUAGUUUAUCUUGUUAUGGAAUAUUUAAAAGGUGGUGAAUUAUUAGACAGGAUAUUUCGUGAAAAAUUACUAUCGGAACGUGAAGCCAGUAAUGUGACUUAUGUGAUUGCAAAUACAUUAAGUUAUUUACACACGAAUAUGGUUGUACAUCGUGAUCUUAAACCAUCCAAUAUAUUAUAUGCAGAUGAUUCUGGUAAUGCAUCUUCAUUGAGAAUAUGUGAUUUUGGUUUUGCAAAACAAUUAAGAGCUGAGAAUGGUCUUUUAAUGACACCAUGUUAUACUGCGAAUUUUGUUGCACCAGAAGUGUUGAAAAUGCAAGGUUAUCAUGCUGCAUGUGAUGUAUGGAGUUUAGGUGUAUUAGUGUAUACAAUGUUAUUUGGACAAACACCAUUUGCAAUUCAACCAAAUGAAUCAUCUGACAUAGUUUUAUCACGUAUAGAAUCUGGCCGAUUAGAUUUAGUCAAUAAUAAUUGGAGUAAAAUAUCAGAUUCAGCUAGAGAUUUAUUGACAAAAAUGUUGAAUCCUGAACCGUCUAAACGUUGUACUGCUAGUGCGAUAUUAUCACAUCCGUGGAUUAAAAAUCGGGACCAACUGUCACCAGAACUACUGACCAACGCUUUACUGAAUGAUGUUAAUCAAACAAAAAAUUCCGUUGAAGCUACAUUUAAAGCAUUAAAUUGUACCAGUAAAAUACCAAUACUUGAACCAGUGGAAUGUUCUACAUUAGCUCAACGUCGUGUUCGUGCCAAAUCGAAUUUAGUUAAUCAAAUUAAAUCAGAAGAAAAGCAAUGAAUAAAUGAAUGAACUUUUUUUCUAUCUUCUGUUAAUGAAUCCAUCGAAUUGUAUCAAAUUGUAUUCAGCAUUAUAAUAUAUAAGGAUUUUAUUUCAUAUAACUAAUUCUAUUUUAUAAUCAGUCUUUAUCUUUUGACUAUUAAACUGUCCGCCUUGAGUUUUUAUUUUAAAUAUUUUAUUGUACAUGUAAAAUACCUGUCAAGAAUGAUCAACAUUCAAUUAUAUUCGAUCCAUAUGAAAAAAAAGCCUUUAUGCUAAUAUUCAAAAAUACUGCUUUCUUUCUUUCUCUAAAUAUUUUGUAUUUUUUUUUUACGCCGAACAUCAUUGUAUCGAAACAAUUCUUCUCUUUUUUUCUGACCAAUAAUUUCUAUGGAUAUGUUUGUAAAAUGUAUAUGUCCUUGUUUAUUCGACAUGGUAUUUUCACAAAAGCAAUUAUGCUUUAUUCAAUGCUGAUGUAUCUUCUUCUUCUUCUUUUUAUUCUUCUCUUUCAUACAUGAAUGCAGCAUCCAUCCAUGAAUAAAGUUUGCUUGUAUAGAAACAAAAAAAAAACAACUAAAUAAAUCCCUUUUUUGUUGGUUAUUACGCUUACAUUGUUAUUUUCUUACAUCGUUUUUCGUUCAUGAUGUUUGUUUUUAUCGGGACUUAUAUUGUAAUAAUAAUAAUAAUAAUAAUAAUAAUAAUAUUUGUGUAUACUUGAACUAUCUUGUUUUAUUAUUCAAGCUGCUUACUGACACUAACAUAAUUUUGUUUUUCCGUAUUGUAUUGUUUUAUUUCUAACUCAUUUAUGUGAACAUUUUAAUGAGAUAGUGUAUUGUUCUUGUUGAAGUGAAAUUUCCCUGUUAAUUUUGUAUGAAUAUCAACUAAAAAAAAAUCUACUCAAUGUAAAAUUCAUUAUUCUAUUAUGCUAAAUUGCACAGUUCAUUUCUCGAUGAUAACGAUGAUGAUGAUGAUGAUGGAGUUAUCUGAAAUUUAUAUUGAAUACUUUGCAUCUAGUUCAAACAAUUUAACAUCAACAAAAGUGUACACCUUGGUUACACUUCUUCAUUAUCAAUUUUUUUCUUGAAGAAAAAAUAAUCUAUACAGACAAUGAUAUUUAGAUAAAAAAAAAGGUUGUAUUGUUUAUUUGACAUUUUUCACUUUAUACCAAUUUAUCUUUUGCACUUUUUGUUGUCUAGACUCACCGAAAAACAGAAGGUGACACUGUUUGUUUGUUUCUUCAUAUUCUGCAACGAUCAUUGUUUCACGGUUGUUGUUGUUGUUGUUCGUCUUUUUUUUUUAAAAAAAAAUGAGUUUCAUUCUCUCACAUCAUGUUUAAUUGACAUUGUGUGUUUUCAUAUUUAUUUUUUCAAGCAAACUGGUUACUUUUUUUUCUUCUCUGUCUAAUAUUUCACUAUAGAAUAUAUUAUUAUAUGAUAUUAUUGUUUUCAGUAUUAUUAAGUAUUUUUGCACAUAAUAAUGAUAAUAUUAAUAAUAAUAAUUCAUAUAAUAUGAAGAAUCCCUAGAGUGUUGUUUUUUUAAAAUGUUCAAUUAAAGAAAAUCAUGCCUAGUGUUAUGUUGUGUUUAUUUUAUUACAUUUUAGUAAUUGAAUAAAAU